AUGCCAGAGGGUGUCUAUGAUCCCAAAAAGGUGUCCACCCGGAAGGGUAACAACAAGAAGAGUGCUCAAGCCCAUAAGAACGCUUAUGCUUUCCAUGCCAAUAAAGGUUCAAAGAUCACCAAGAAGAUUGCUGCUAUGCCUGUGGGCGGUCUCUGUGAAAAAUGCUAUGAAGUUAUCAUGUGGCGAAAGAAGUUUAAGAAAUAUAAGCCUUUGACAACAAUGAAGAAAUGUGUCAGUUGCGAACAAAAGGCUAUCAAGGACGCAUAUCAUGUCAUGUGUAACAAGUGUGCAGGAGAGAAAAAUGUUUGCGCAAAGUGCUUAGAAUCUCGGGAUAUUGUUCCUACCAGCAUCAAAACAGAGAAAGAGGUAAUCCAAGAACAGGUGGAGCUCGAGAGAUUAUUGAGUGGCAUGACAGAGCGUGAGCGGAGGAGUUAUCUUCGCAAAUUGGAGCAUAAAAAGAAAGGAGGCGAUGAUAAUGAUAUCGAUGCUAAAGAUACUGAAGAGGGUGAUUCUGAAGAUGAAUCUGGAUCAGAGGAUGACAGUGAUGAGGAUGAUGACGAUGAUGACGAUGAAGAGAGUGAAGAUGAGAAAUAG